AUGCUACAGCGACGAUACUGUCAUGGCUCGCUUAUCAUCGAUGAUCAGGUUUUGGUUUUUGGUGGAAGGACAUCGAACCAAAAUGAAGACAUUGAAGACAGUGUUUUUUUUUACAAUCUGACUUAUGACACAUCCCAAAACCUCAACUCCCUUCCGUAUGCUGUUAGUAACAUGACUAUUGUAAGGUACGGAGAUAAGGCAAUCUUGAUUGGAGUUAUUAAUGUAAAUGGUGAAACAUUAGAUGUUGUCCUCAUGUAUGACUUGAAAACAGAAGAAUGUGAAAGACUUCCACCUCUCAAUCAUAAAAGAUAUGGAUGCGCAGCUGUUAUCGAUAGAAAUAUUAUUGUUGUAGUUGGCGGAAAGAAUGAGGAAGAGUAUCUUGAUUCUGUUGAAUAUCUUAAUCUGAGAGAGAAAGUGUGGAAAGAACUACCUCCAAUGAAGACCAAACGAUUUCUACCAACUGCAUCACUGUUACCCACAGUUUGA